GUCCGUUUCCGGGAGGGCGUGCGCAUGCCUUCAACUCCUGCUGGCUUGGCUACCAAAGCGCUGUCCUCUACUAAUCACAAUAAUUUUUUAAACCUUGCCGUUUUUUGUUGAUAUUGUCACAUUUUCGGGACUAAACUAAGCAAUACCCGAUCGAUAGUCUCUCCAGGAGGCAGCGGUGAUAUCGCCUGUGGUUAAAGCGUUUGCUUGUCAUUGAAGCAUGGGUUCGAUUCCCUACAUAGGUACAAUAUGUGAAGCCCAUAUCUGGCAUCACCCAACGUGAUAUUCUGGAAUAUUGCUAAAAGCGGCGUAAAACCAUACCCACUCCCUCACUCUCCAGAUACAAGUAGUGUAUCUGACAUCAGGACUUCAUGUUCAUGCGUUGCAUAUCCUGAGAUUGGCGACAGCAGAUGUGGAGGUGGUUAUAUUAUAAAUACAUAUUCAUCAAUCAUUAUAUUUUUUUAUUUUUUUCAUUGAGUGGUUUUAGAAAAGAGAAAGGACCUAGGGAUGAUAUUGUAUUUCCUCAGAGGCUUGCUUUGUGACAACGCCAUGUGUGGGAUCUGGGCCGUGUUCGGUAGUGAUGUACAUGUCUCCGUGCAGUGUAAAGCUGCCCAUAAGGUCGCACAUCGUGGACCAGACGCCUUCAGGAUAGAAAACAUCAACCAUCUCCAGAACUGUUGUCUCGGCUUCCACCGAUUGGCUAUCGUUGAUGACGUCAGAGGGAUGCAGCCAAUGAGACUGUACACCCAUCCUCACAUAUGGCUGAUAAACAACGGGGAGAUCUACAACUAUAAAUCAGUAGCAAAAGAGCAUGAUUUUCAUCUGAGCACCAACUGUGACACAGAACCAAUCAUACAUCUCUAUGCCAAAUAUGGUAUUGAUUUCCCCGCCCACCUGGAUGGGGUGUUCGCCUUCUGUCUCCUCGACACGGCUAACAGGAAGGUCUUCAUUGGUCGGGACACGUUUGGAGUCCGCCCCAGCUUCAAGCUUGUCACAGACAAUGGCUUCCUAGCUGUGUGCUCGGAGGCGAAAGGCUUAUUUGGUCUAACGCACAACCUCACUGAUGAGGAUGCUAACAUCGUCCCCGUCGCCCCCGGUACAGUGGAACAGUACGACCUCGACAACAACGGACGAGCCACGUUCCGGGAGAUGAAACAGUUCCAUUCUAUUGGCGACAUGCCCCUGUAUAAAACACCUCUAGACUCCGACUCACUAGGAAGUGACGUGUCAGAGAACAUCCGGUUGCUGUUAGGAACGGCUGUCAAGAAGCGUUUAAUGGCCGAGAGAAGGGUUGGUUGUUUGUUGUCAGGGGGCCUCGACUCGAGUCUGGUGGCCGCGCUGUUAGUGAAAAAUGCCAAGGAACUGAAGCUACCCUACCGCAUACAAACUUUCACUAUUGGCAUGGAGGGAAGUACAGAUAUCAUGGCAGCCAGGAAGGUAGCGCAGUUCCUAGGUACCGAACAUCAUGAGAUUAUCCUCACAGCAGAGGACGUCCUUGACGUCUUGGAGGACAUAAUCUGGCAUCUUGAGACCUAUGAUAUUAUAACCAUCCGGGGCGCAGUUGGUAUGUUCCAAGUCAGCAAGUACAUCAAAGAGAACACAGACACAGUGGUCAUCCUGUCCGGGGAGGGGUCUGACGAGCUGGCCCAGGGGUACAUCUACUUCCACAAAGCUCCAUCAGCUGAGGCCGCGGACCAGGAGAGUCGGAGACUGCUUGACAAACUGUUUCUGUAUGACGUUUUGAGAGCAGACAGGGCAACAGCGGCUUGGGGACUGGAGAUCCGGGUCCCCUUCCUUGACCAUCAGUUCACCAGCUACUACCUGUCCCUCCCCAACGAGGACCGCGUCCCUCAGAAGGGGGUGGAGAAGUACCUCCUCCGGUCAGCCUUUGAUGUGGUGAACCUCCUGCCCAAGGACAUCUUGUGGAGGCCCAAAGAAGGAUUUAGCGAUGGAGUUUCAUCAGUCGAAAAGCCCCUGUUUGAAAUUAUUCAAGAGAUCUGUGAAAAACAGGUCAGUGAUGAAGCGAUGGAACAGGCAGCGUCUCUGUACCCCUUCAACACCCCCGAGACGAAGGAAGCCAUGUAUUACAGGCAAGUGUUCGAGAAGUACUACCCCUCCAAGUCAGCCUGGGUUCCCUGUAUGUGGAUGCCGCGCUGGGUGGACGCCACGGACCCCUCCGCCAGAACACUUAAUCACUAUAAGCAAACCUGCCUGACAUCCCCAGAGGUGCCGACCAUAUGAUAUUCUGUGUAAAUACCAGAAACAAAUAUUUGUGACCCCGGUUUUACAAAAAAUAAAUAAAUAUUGCUGGUCAUGCUGAAUGUCGUGGAAAAUAUAUGUAAUG